UGCGCUUGAAUGCCUAAAAUUCAUUCACCAGCGUAGAAGCGCGCAUAAGCAAGUUGAACUUGUAGAUCAAGCCAGUAACAGUAGUACUUCUAACUUGUAGUUUUCAUAAAUCACACUUUUCACUCUCAUCCCAUAUACGUCGAAGAGAAGGAGGUCAAGAUGGUUCGUUACGCUUUCGACGACUCAAAGAUCACUGAAAAGACAUCCCGCUCUCGCGGUCAAUACCUCCGGGUACACUUCAAGAACACCCGCGAAACUGCUGCUGCCAUCAGUGGAUUGAAGUUGCAGAAAGCUUACACUUACUUGGCCAACGUCCAAGAGAAGAAGCAAUGCAUCCCUUUCCGUCGUUUCAACGGAAGUGUUGGACGUACCAACCAAGCCAAUGAAUUCGGAACCACCCAAGGUCGUUGGCCCGUUAAGUCCAUCAAGUUCUUGUUGAACUUGCUCAAGAAUGCUGAAGCAAACGCAGAGGGUAAGGGUUUGGACACUGAAGAAUUGGUUAUCCGUAACAUCGUUGUUCAACAAGCACCAAAGACACGCCGUCGUACAUACCGUGCCCACGGUCGUAUCAACCCUUACCAAGGUCACCCAUGCCACGUCGAAAUCCACUUGGCUGAACCCACCGCUGAAGUCCCAAAAGCUGAUUCAUUUGCUGUUACCCAACGCCUAAACAAGCGUCAACUUGCUCGUCAACGUAUCUCCAACGCUCGCUCAGGUGCACCAGCAGCUGUUACAGCCGCCUAAACGACUGAGAGCAGUUAAUACUCGUUGACGAACUUGCGAUAUGGACAGGGUUACCAGCUUUUGUAGAUUAUAGGCAUCAUUGCGAUGAUGCAAAAUGGGAACGAUGUCGGGUUCGUUACACUCAAAUGUGAUUAUUUCGAUUAUCGUUCCUUCUUGGUGAUCUCCGUUUUGCAGUUCGUUCAAUCUCGUUUGAAGGGUCUAUGGAUCCGAUUAUACGAUUUGUUGUAAUCCUUCAUCGUCUUUCAUAGCCCUUUAUACACACAUACAUUCUCAAAAUUCACAGCAUGCAUUAUGAUCAGGUCUGUGCGAAGGAAAAGUGAGAAUUGUUCAGAUGAUGAUCUUUAUCCGACAUGAGCGUAUCGAAGCCAUGAUUGGCUGUUUUAAAUAAGGUGUCAGUGUGGAAGAGAGGUAUUGAUUAGAAUAUACGAAAGCAGGUAUGUAACGUUAUAGACUUUGUGCGUCCGGUCUGUUCGAAUACAGAU